AAAGGAGAAAAAACACAGCUUCCAUGGCCUGAGAGCUAAAUAAAAGGAAAAUCACAGAAAGCAUUUCGUCUGUUUUAGGAAAAGAAGAAGAACAGAUAAGAAAAGGGGUUGAAGAUCUAGUCAAGAUCAACCUAGAAAUACCAAAAAAAGAAAAGCUGUAAGAGACUUGUAAUAAUUGUGAUGGGGAGGGAACUCACAGAGGUGCACAUGGAUGUUAAGCCAAACGGUUUAGUGAAAUCGAUUGUUAAUCGUGUUAACUUGCAAGGCACCGAGCCAAAUAACUUAACUGUCAAAAAAGGAGCAACCGAAAACUCGGUCAUUGAGGAUGGUCAGGAAAAGCAAGAUGUGCUAUGUGUUAAAAGCACAAAUUUUAGUACCGACAUCCCUGAAGAGAAAAAUGAAAAGGCUGAAGAUCAGAAGUCUGCUGACAAUAAGUUAAGCACUGCUGAAUCAAAAUCUACUAGUGUUGAAAAUACUCAUGCGAAUGACACUACUUCCGAAACUGGUGCAAAUGGCAUGGAAACUGUUAACUCUACACCUUCCCCUACUUCUGCAAAGGAUUCGGAGCCAAACCGUCCGAUGACUCCUUUGAUGUCGAAGAAGCCAUCACAACCUUAUGAGAGGAAGCAUCCUGAUGAAGAUGAUACUUGGUCUGUCGCUUCCUCUACUGCUAUAUAUGCUCGACGUUCAAGAUUGAGGGUAACUGUUGGAUCUUCACCAACUUUUAGAAGUGCUGAACGUGCUGAAAAGCGGAGGGAGUUUUACCAGAAGUUAGAGGAAAAACACCGAGCUUUGGAGGCUGAGAGAAGCCAGUGGGAGGCAAGGACCAAGGAAGAGCAAGCAGAAGCCCUCAAGGAGCUUAGAAAGAGCAUGGUUGUCAAAGCAAAUCCAGUACCUAGUUUCUACUACGAAGGACCUCCACCAAAGGUCGAACUCAAGAAGCUGCCACUGACUCGGCCAAAGUCACCAAAUCUUACCCGGAGAAUGAGCUGCGGUGACUUAGUCCCCUCAACUCAAGUUGAAAAGACAAAAGCUUGCUCCCGAACUAACCGCCACAGCUUAGGUAACGAAGUGCAACGACCCACUACUGCAAAUAUGGUCAAAAGCAAGAUCCAGGUCAGUGGACAGAUCAGCAACAGCAAUGGGACUCACAAGGUGAAAGAUCAAGCAAAACAGGUAAAAGAGAUGACAAAAACUGCUCCGACAAAAAUCACCGAGCAGAGCAACUAACAUCACUGUUCAUUCAUGAAAAUCUCCAGGAUUUUAACUAACUCUCCUAGCAGGGAAAUGGUCUUGAAGUUUCAGUAGUACCCAUAUGGAAGUCCUGAAAGAAAAGUAGCCCGUUUCAUUUUCUGCAGUGAUGAGUUGGUUUCUCUUAGUGGGUUUGGGUUUAUGUGAAAUGUAUAUGUUGUGUAAGUUAUAUUGUCACAAUUCUUGUCAUAUAUAUGAAAGAGUUAAUGAUCCUAAUGUUGAUGAAAUGCCUUGUUUUCAUCUGAUAUAUUAAAUUUGAACCAA